AUGGCUUCCAGCACGCUUUCAUUUCGAUCCCUGUUCAAAUCCUCAAGAUCUCGUAGAGUCUUGCAAAAGCGCUCCUCUGCCCAGACAGACUCGAUUUCCCCACCAUCGACUUGGGCACAAGUGCCGUCUUCGGAGCGUGUCGAUGGAGCCGCUGAUUUCCAAACAUCAAUAUGCGUUGACAACGCGGAUGACCCCUUUCGAGAUUCCGAACUCGCUGCUGGACCCCAAUACGGUGUGGAUUCAAGAGCACCUUCAAUACUACAAGGCUACGAUGAGAUCUCACUUGCGCCAUCACGGCCGGAGUCUGCCUACUCGCCUUGUUCCAGCCGUGAAGAUCUCUCAGCUUCCUUCGAGCAUGUACCAUUGAACCCCGCUAGAUCCUCCCGUCCCUCUAUCUGGCGAAGGGCCAAGAACGCAUUCCAGCGCCAGUUCGACCUGCGAGGCUUCCUGCAUCUUUUAGACUUUCGUCCCUGGUUCUGGCCCUUCACGUGGAAGAAGUACUUUGUGCUGCUCUUCCUGGCAUGCAUCAUUGCCGGCAUCGUCAUCUCGGACCACUACACCAACUGGCUCGAAACGUCCCUGCGCAUCACACGAUCGUAUAUGUUGCCAGUGCUGAUCAUCUCCGUCUGUGCCGAACCAAUCAUCAUCAUGAUCGCGCUGCCGGUGGCCAACAUGCCAGAUAUUCCUGCCGAGGAGGUCGCAGCGAACCUCAACUUAGCACCAGAUGAGGAAGACGCUGAGCAGAGUCGGGAGCCACUGUCGGGGCCUUUCGAGACAGCGAUGGUCUUUCCUUGCCACGACACGGACUUUAGGGUGAUGAAGACAACGAUAGACUCCUGUCUGCCGCACUUCAGACCAAGGGACAUCUUCAUCGUCGACAACGGCAGAUCCAAGUAUCCCACCCACCCCAAGGGUAGUUUCCGCGCCUACAUCCGCAGCCUUCAUCCCGAAAUCAACUACAUGUGGUCUCCAAUCGGGAGUAAGAACGCCGCGCAGUUUGUGGGCUCCUUAGCGGCUCGACAAAAGGGCUACAGAUACGUCAUGACAGCCGACGACGACGUCUGCAUGCCCAAAAACUUCAAACCACCAACCGACCUACUCGACGACAAAUUCCUCGCCGUCGCAUAUCCCAUCAAGGCCAUGGACGCCAAAUGCCAGUCCUCGCUAUGGGUCACCGCCUGGCAAGACGUCGAGUACCGCCUCUCGGGCCUCGCCAAACUGGCCGAAGAUCGGCUCUGCGGCGUGCAAUUCCCCCACGGCGCGGGCUGGUUCGUCGAGAUCGACACGCUGAUCGAACUCCUGGAGAAACAUCACCCGAUGGACUUCAUCGCCGAAGACUGCCGCGCGGGACUCGGCAUCAGCAAGAUGCGCAAGGGCAUCCGCCUGGACGCGCGCUGCUUCCUCGCCACCGAAGUCCCCGCCACGCUCUUCGGCCCAGGCCUCAACUGGUGGAAGCAGCGCCAGAAAUCGUGGGAGAUGGGCCGUCACGGCCUCCUCUUCGCCUACCUCGGCCAACUACUCUUCGCCCUGCCCCCGCGCAAGACCCCGCAGGGCAUCCUCUGGCACAAGCUCAGCUUCGCCUACAACAUCUGCUGCAUCCUCAUCGACUGGCUGCGCAUCCCCACCAUCGUGGCCCUAGGCCGCUCCGCCGAAUGGUGGCGCAACGCCAUCCUCCUCAUGCUCUUCUCCGCCGUCCCGCCCAUGGCCUACAACUACUGGAAAUGCCGCCGGCGCCGCGACAUGCGCGCCCCCUUCUGGGCCGCCCUGACCUAUCCCCUGUACAAGCAGCUCUACACGCUCGUCAGCAUCAUGGGCGCCGUCCGCUGGGCCGGCUACUAUCUCGGCGGCCACACGCGGUCGAAACCUAUACGGCAGAUGCUCAAGGAGGGGGAUUGGCGCUGCUUCUGGCUCGACCCGCGCUUCAGCGAGAACCCGGCCUAUCUUGCCGACGAGGCUGAGGCACUUGCGGCGGCGACGACGACGACGACGACGACGACGACGUUUGCGGGUAAAGGCGUUGAAGCGGAGAAGCCGUCGAAUGCACCGGUGGCGGUGCCGGUGUCGGUGAUAAUGCCAAUAUCACAGCACGAACAAAUUUGCUACUGCGACGGCGAACAUCGCGAUCCGUUUAGUGACGAGAACGCGAUCGUUGUUACGCCGCCGCCGCCGCCGAUGAUCCCGCGAUCUCCAGAACGGGUGUACAGCUCGUCGCCGUUGGCGAGGUCGUCGGCGUCUUUGCCAUCUGAGAAGACGACGCAGGGUAGAGCGCCGCCUUGGUAG